AUGCAAGGCCUCCGGUGCCUGCUGGGUCUUGGAUUUCAUCCGACAGAGACCCAGGAGGGCGGAAUUCCAGGUAACUUGCUGGUCCCUGGCCAGGGGCACAGGAAACAGGCCCAGGUGCAGUGCUCCCGCGUCGGGGACGGCAGGUGGGAACAUGAGCGAGAGGUCCUCCAGAAGACUUUGGAGAACAACAACUUCAGUAAGAUGGCGGAGGAGGAGCGGAUCCUGAAGAUGGAACAAAUCAAGGAAAACCGUGAGGCGAAUCUAGCUGCUAUUAUUGAACGUCUGCAGGAAAAGGAAAGGCAUGUGGCGGAGGUGUGCAGGAACAAGGAGCUGCAGGUCGAACUGUCUGGCUGA